AUGAGUCGGUCUCUUUUUCUCCGUAUUCAAUCCGCAGUGGAAACUUAUGAACCUUACUUUAUCCAAAAAAGAGAUAAUACCCAAAGGCUUGGUUUAUCUUCUCUUCAAAAGAUAACAGCUGCACUUAGGAUGCUUGCGUAUGGAGUGGCAGCUGAUUUUAUGGAUGAGUAUGUGCGGAUUGGAGAAUCCACUGCAAUAGAAAGUAUGAAAAAAUUUGUUCAAGCUGUGGUUGAUAUUUUCUCCAAGGAAUACUUGAGGUCCCCAAACAAUGAAGACAUUGCUAGACUUUUAGUCAACGGGGAAAGACGUGGAUUUCCAGGGAUGCUAGGAAGCAUUGAUUGCAUGCAUUGGAAAUGGAAAAAUUGUCCGACUGCAUGGAAAGAACGGUCUCCUAUAUUUUCUGAGCUCGAACAAGGACGUGCUCCUGCAGUUAAUUACUCAAUCAAUGGCCAUGAGUAUACAAUGGGAUAUUACCUUGCUGAUGGCAUAUAUCCGAAGUGGUCAACAUUUGUUAAAACAAUUCUAUCUCCACGAGGACAUAAGAACAAAUUAUUUGCAAAAGCUCAAGAGGCUUAUAGAAAGGAUGUAGAGCGUGCAUUUGGAGUGCUUCAAGCAAGAUUCGCAAUUGUGCGUGGGCCUGCAAGAUUUUUCUAUAGUGAAACGCUCCAAGACAUCAUGAAAGCAUGCGUAAUUCUUCAUAACAUGAUCAUUGAGGAUGAGCGAGAUGUAAAUGAAGCAGUGGAAGUAGAUUAUGAGCAAAUUGAUGACAAUCCUACUAUACAACUGUCACGGGAGAACACAAAUGAAUUUACGGAGUUCAUUGAAACCCAUCAAUGUAUUCGAGACCAUAAAAUUCAUUCUCAACUCCAAUUAGACCUCAUUGAACAUUUAUGGCAAUUAGAAGGGGAGUUGUAG